UGUGAGUUGGUCAAUAUCCGUACUCAAGUGCUUAUCCGGAAUUCACAAAGCAAGAUGGACCCGAUGCUGGCGUCGGCGAUCGGGGGCAUGCCCCCCAUGGCGCAGAUCCCGCAGAUGUCGAGCAUGAUCCGCGAGUACGCCAACAAGCUCAACAAGACCGCGGUCGAGGCCAAGGCCAAGGCGCUCAAGUCCUCGAUCGCGCUCCCGGCGCUGGCCAAGAAGCCUGCUCCGCGCCUCGCCCUCGAGCAGCAGCUCUUUCUCCUCCAUAACGCGCACGAGAAGGCUCGGGUAGGCACCUGGGACGUCAGCCAAGCGGCCUUCCACGACGCCAACAUCCGCAUGGACAACGUCAACGAGUCGCUCACGUACUCGUCCGAGAACAUCCAAGAGGCGAUCCACGUCAUGAAGAACGUCAGCCGUCAUUUUCGAGAGCUUGGCUCCAACAUGUCGGACGACUUGUGCUUUUACAAAACCUCGGACAAGGCAAGUGGCACCGAGGCGUAAAGACGGAACACGACAACCAAGCCGAGAGACCGAGUGUCUACAUCCGUUGCGCUGCAUGACCGUGCGCUACUAGUCCGGUACAUGCGCCCAUCGAUAGAAGGCCCGGUUCGACUUGGUCGGUUGCCCGACCGUCCACACGUAGCCAGUCAACGCAUCGCGAAUUUCGUCACGGGCAGCACCAUCCAUGGCGCGAGGCGAGUACACGCGUAGGUACGCGAUACCAGUGCGACGGAAGCAUUCCAUUAGGAUAGGAGAUGGACAGAGAGCAGUCGGUGUUUCUUAUUCUUUUAAAUAUAUAGGUAAUAAAUACAGCGCUUAGAGCACCUUGGCGCACACAAGGUCGAGACCGCUUUUGAGCGUCUGCGAGAACCAGCUGCAA